AUGAAGGUCGCCUUUUUGCAUCCUGAUCUUGGAAUCGGCGGAGCAGAGCGGCUCGUCGUGGACUCAGCUCUUGCUCUAAAGAAUCGUGGGCACGAAGUGACUAUUUUCACGUCUCAUCACGACAAAAAGCACUGUUUUCCAGAGACGAAAGAUGGCAGCUUGGAUGUGGUCGUGCUAGGUAACUCGAUUUUCCCCAGGAAUAUCUUUGGCCGUGGGGCCAUUUUAUGUGCAGUUUUACGGCAACUCCAUCUGGUUGAGCAGAUCCGCGCACGAAGACUCAAUUUCGAUGUCUAUGUCAUAGAUCAGCUCUCGGCGGCCAUCCCCGUAAUUUACACGGGAAGCACGCGAUCACGAAUUCUGUUCUACUGCCACUUCCCAGACUUGCUUCUUACUGAACGAAAAAGUAUUCUAAAGAAGAUUUAUCGGCUGCCUUUCGAUGCGUUGGAGAAAUGGACAACUGGCAUCGCCGACAAGAUUGUGGUCAACUCAGAGUUCACCAAGGGGAUCUACCGAGACACUUUUGGCCCUAACAUGCCCGAGCCUAGUGUGCUCUAUCCAGUUGUGGACGUUAAGGAGUCAGAAAAGAGUAACUUGGACCAUGUGACACUUCGCCAGUUGAAAAAGUGGACACAGGUUCCUGUCCUGAUCUCUAUCAACCGGUUUGAGCGUAAGAAGAAUCUCGAAUUGGCUCUCGAAAGUUACAGCUUGUUAUUGCACUCUACUUUUGAGGCUCGUGAGUCACUCUUGGUGAUUGCGGGAGGCUACGACGAGCGUGUUUCUGAGAAUGUCGAGCAUUUGGCAGAGCUGCAGCAGCGUGCAUCUAAAUACCGCCUCCCUCACAAAACCAUCUUCCCUGAUGAGCCGUUCAAGCUCGACAAGAACACCAAGGUUGUAUUUUUGCCUUCGGUGUCGAACGAUGUGCGCAACUAUCUUCUUGAAAAUGCCCGCCUUACUCUAUACACGCCUACUAACGAGCAUUUCGGCAUCGUUCCUCUCGAGUCAAUGAAAGCACGCACGCCUGUCUUGGCAACAAAUACCGGUGGUCCGUUGGAGACUAUUGUUGACGGAGAAACUGGGUUCUUGCGUAAACCCGAUGUUGAGGAAUGGUACAAAGUGAUGGGGUGGGCUAUUCUUGAAGCCAAACCCGAGGAGCUAAAGCGAAUGGGUGAUGCUGGGUAUGCAAGAGUUGCAUCGAAGUUCUCUUUGAGCACUUUGGAGGAAAACCUCGAUAGCCUAGUCAAGGCUACACAAGAGAUGAAACGUGACGACGGACGUGUCGUGGAGAGUCAACUCAAAGUUUUGCAAUGGUCAUUGGUAGGUGCUGCGGUCCUGUUUGUGUUCUUCCUUAGUUGGUUCUACUCGUUUUUGCGUUGGUUUAUACCUGCUCUAUUUGACUCCAUGACUUGGUGA